GUCUGGGCGCUGCCGAUUUCGGCUUUCGAAGUAACAUCGACAUCCUCCACUCAGGACGACUACAUACUUGCCAAUUGGAAGGUCCUCUUCGCUGAGGAUCUCUGACAAUAUUUCACAGUUUGGACGUGUAAAAACCAUUCUGACUAAAGACUACUCUACAAAGUUAGGCCUACUCCACGACAACUGCUUCCGCAACCCUCCGUGACGCACUGCUCGACUUCGCUCUACUUACAGUACCUCCUGGGUUCAGAACGAACUGUCUCUCCCAAGAAUAUCAAUCUCUUGAUCAUACUUCCAUCAUGAGCACCCAAAAUGUUGGUUCCUCUGGUCGGGUCGUCCCUAACAGCGAGUCAUUCACCCAAGUUGUUGCCCGGAGAAGUAAGGAGAAUCCGUUUGUCCCUCUCGGUUGUGCUGCAACCGUUCUUGCACUCGUAAUGGCGAUGAGACAAAGCAGAGCCAAUCACAAAACAUUCAAUUACUGGCUUCGAGCUCGAGUCGUCGCUCAAGGCUUCACAGUAGCAGCUCUCGUCGGAGGGUCUUACAUGUUGAAGCAACAAUCGGAUGCUCAGAAGGCUCAAGAGGAGGCUAAUGCUACUUUGCAGAAGGAGAAAGAAAGAGAGGCAUUCCAGGACAGGCUGAAGGCGGCCGAGGAAAACUAUCAGUUGGAAGGAGAUUGGGCUGCUCAAUCAGGCAGUUCGACUAAUAGCGGCGGAGGUGCAUGGGGCUUUGGAUUGUUUGGGAAGUCUUUGGAAAGGUCAUCGGGACAAACUCAGCAAUCAACUUCUCCUUUCUCGCCUGUCCCACCAGAGGAUAGUGCACCUGCCCCGACGCCGGGCGAACAACUGGCACCGUCGCGAUCGAAAAGUUUCUGGAAGCGAAUAGGUUUCGGAAGUUCUGGAGAUAAGAAGUCAUAAUGAAGAUGCAUCGUAAUGUCAUUCGGGUUUGUAUUCCUGUUAUCUGUUUCAACCUGAGAUGCAUCGUUGUACUCUAGUCAUGCACAUCGCAGAUGUAUCCUCUCCACUCCAUCGUUGCCCCCCGUUUCGUGAACAUUUUUAAUGAGGUCUGAAUGCUAUUCGCCUGUUAGCAAAAGUAACAUCCAUAGUAUCGCGGUCGAACAACUUACGAGUGCGCUCUCGGCAUGUCUCCGCGAGCUCUCCUCGGAGCAGCAGUCUCGUGUAAUGACAUCGACCAAUAAAAAAUUGCAGGCAUAGUUAUGGCCGAAGUCAACCACCAUGCAGAGUAGAUAUAAAGACGAUCUCAUCCCCGUCCUGCAGCUGGUAUUCGCCUUCGCCUUCGAGUUCCCAGUCGGUAUCAUUUACUAGGACAAGGAUUCCUGGUCGGCUGUCCGAUCGUCACAAACAUAAUGAGAAAAUUCCAAACGUUUGAUCGAGAAUUACGAGGUCACCUACACUGUCUCAUUCUCAAUAAACAACUCU